CACCCGCAGCUCGUGCGGCUGACGGAGGUCUCGAAGAGUGAAAUUCUUGCGCCGCUGCUCUCGAAGCAAGGAGCAAGGAGGAAGGGAAAAAAACACAAAACAGGAGCUUUAAACCACACACACACACAAAACAAUUAGAUAAUACAACAUACACACAUAUACAUGCGAAUAAUUGGUUUUGUUUCAGAAGAAGAUCGAUGACAAUUCGAAUUUAGAGGGUAAGGAACAAUGCCUCUGCCGGUCGUGGUGGUGGUGGUGGUGGCGGUGUUGGCCCUGCAAAUCGGGAAUGGAGCCGGGAGCAGUGUGGGACGUCAGUUCUUCGGCGCAUUUAUGCAGAACUACGAGGUGGGAGUCGAAGCGCUUGUGGUGGACUUCGCCAGCUACGACAGCAGCGCUCAGGUCACCGUCUCGGUCCCCGCGGUGAACUUCUCGCAAUCCGUCCUCCUGCCUCCCUUCUCCGUCGGCAAUGUAUCCAUCCCGGUAACGGCAGAGAUCGCAGAGAACAGCAUCGUCACCAACAAGGUCGUGUCCGUUCAUUCAGACAGUGACAUCUCAGUCUGGGGCGUAUCUAGAAAAACUAGAACUACUGAUGGAUUCAUGAUGAUCCCUGAGCAGGAGCUGGGAAUAGAAUAUUACGUAGUCGCUCCUGUGCCUGGUGGUUUAGGUAGCGUGAACGAAUUCGCGAUAGUCAGUCCCUACAACAACGUGACGGUGCAGAUUAUUUUGAGCAGCAGUGUUACAUUCAACGGUUUAACGUACUCCAACGAACUGAACAUCACUCUGCAAGAGAACCAAGUCGUGCAGUUCCAAAAAUUAUCUCUGACUGGGACAAGGAUACUUUCGAGUCAACCUGUGGCCGUGUUCAGUGGAGAUCGGUGCAACUCUGUUCAUACUAAUUGCAAUUUUGUAACAGAGCAGCUUUUGCCAGUAUCGCAGUGGGGCUCCUCUUACCUGGUCUUCCCUGUGUCCAUCAAGUCUACAGACGACAGCGUCAUAAUCACCUCACCUACAAGCGAGAGCGUCAGUGUCAAUGUCAGUGUCGCUGGGAGUUUAACAACCUACACGUUGACCAAUUACGGUCUCAUCAGCGUACCUGUAUAUGCAAACCAGACUUUGUCUAUAAACUCAUCUGCAAACGUAGGGGUCAUGUACAUGUGCCAGGGUGGUAAUCUGUCUCCAGAGAAUUUCAUGGACCCAUUCCAGAUGAACAUCAUACCGACCAGCAAGUUAUCUAACAAGUACUUGUUUGCGACUCAACCAAAUUUUACAAACAUGUUGAUCGUGAUCGCCAAGGAUGCAGACAAAUGUGGGAUCAUCAUCAACAACGAGGCACUGUGUGAUAAGAUCCAGUGGGUCCGGACAAACGACCUCCAGUUCGUGGCCGGGGAGCUGAACCUGGGACUUGGAAAUCAGCAGUUCCGGGUGGAACACGCGACUCAGCCGUUCGGGCUCUACCUCUACGGGGCGGCAUACUCGGAUUCAUUUGGCUACGUCCUCAGCUACGGCAACCUAAGAGGGAACGGAGCCGGGAGCAGUGUGGGACGUCAGUUCUUCGGCACAUUUAUGCAGAACUCCGCAGACGGGAUCGACGCGCUUGUGGUGGACUUCGCCAGCUACGACAGCAACGCUCAGGUCACCGUCUCGGUCCCCGCGGUGAACUUCUCACAGGCUGUCCUCCUGCCUCCCUUCUCCAUCGGCAAUGUAUCCAUCCCGGUAACGGCAAUGAUUGCAGGGAAUGGCAUUGUCACCAACAAGGUCGUGUCCGUUCGUUCUGACAGUGACAUCUCAGUGUGGGGCAUGUCCAAACGACUUUCAACUACCGAUGGAUUCAUGAUGAUCCCUGAGCAGGAGCUGGGAAUAGAAUAUUACGUAGUCGCUCCUGUGUCUGGUCGUUCGGCAAUUAACGAAUUCGCGAUAGUCAGUCCCUACAACAACAUGACGGUGCAGAUGAUUUUGAGCAGCAGUGUUACAUUCAACGGUGUGACGUACUCGAACGAACUGAACAUCACUCUGCAAGAGAACGAAGUCGUGCAGUUCCAAGGAUCCUCUCUGACUGGGACCAGGGUAUUUUCGAGUCAACCUGUGGCCGUGUUCAGUGGAGAUUUGUGCAUCGCUGUCCACACAGCCUGCAAUUUUGUGACAGAGCAGCUUUUGCCAGUACCGACGUGGGGCUCCUCUUACCUGGUCUUCCCUGUGUCCAUGAAGUCAACAGACGACAGCGUCAUAAUCACCUCGCCUAUAAACACGAACGUUAGUGUCAAUGUCAGUGUUGGUGGGAGUUUAACAACCUACACGUUGACCAAUUAUGGUCGCAUCAGCGUACCUGUAUAUGCAAACCAGACUUUGUCUAUUAACUCGUCUGUAAACGUAGGGGUCAUGUACAUAUGCCAGGGAGGGUAUCCGGUUCUAGGGUAUUACAUGGACCCCUUCCAGAUGAACAUCAUACCGACCAGCAAGUUCUCAAACAAGUACCUGUUUGCGACUCAACCAGAUUUUAUAAACAUGUUAAUCGUGAUCGCCAAGGAUGCAGACAAAUGUGGGAUCGUCAUCAACAACGAGCCACUGUGCGAUAAGAUCCAGUGGGUCCGGACAAACGACCUCCAAUUCGUGGCCGGGGAGCUGAACCUGGGAAGUGGGAAUCAGCAGUUCUGGGUGGAACACGCGACUCAGCCGUUCGGGCUCUACCUCUACGGGGUGGGAGACUAUGAUUCAUUUGGUUACGUCCUCAGCUACGGCAACCUAAGAGGCGGCGUCUGUCGCGUGAACCCCGACGCCGCGAGCGGCACCAUCCAGUUCGCCGAUUUACUCGCGAGACCCAAUGUCGGCGACUGCCUCUGGACCAUCACCGGCGCCGUGGGGACGGCCGUGAUCCUUCGCUUUCAGACGUUCAGUCUGCAGACGGGCGCCGAGGUCGUCUACAUCUAUGACGGACCGUCCGUGGACUCGCCGCUCCUGGGGAAGUACGGCCACGAUGGCGUCCCGGCUCCCAUCAUCUCGUCCUCCAACACCUUGUCCAUAAGGGCCACGUACGGCACGAGAGGAAUCGCCGGCAACUUCAGCGCGUUUUACAGGGUGGGGUCACCGUGCAGGGAGACGCUCGUCGGAGGCCAGGGAUCGCUGUCGUCGUCCAACUUCUCCGCGGCCGGCGAGAGGAGCGCCCUGUGCCGGUGGACCGUCCAGGUGGACCCCAGAUACGAGGUCAAGCUGAGGUUCCAGCAGUUCAAUUUGUCGUCAGACCCCAACUGCGUGAACGAGUCGCUGACCGUCUACGACGACAACGGCGACUCGCUGGGCGCGUUCUGCGGCAGCGUUGUGAGACCGCCCGGCCUGCGCUCGUCCUCCAACAGACUCCACCUCGUGCUCGACUCUCUUCGGGGGCUUCAAGGGGACGGAGUCGUCGUGAACUUUGAAACAAUUAAUCACAUUAAGGUCUCGAAAAGCUGCGGCGUCGCCAACGCGUCCGUCCUGAGCGCCUGGCCCUGGCAGGUGACCGUCACGAGACAGACGGACCAGCUGCAGUGCCUCGGCUCCCUCCUGUCCGACUCGUGGGUGGUGACCGCGGCGAGCUGCCUGCUGGAGAGCCCCGGCAACUACAGCUGGAGCUGCACCACGGCCUCUGGCGAGCAGUCUGGACGUGACGGCCAUCUUGGUCGACCCCAAGUUCUCCGCAGCGACGGGCGCCCACGACGUCGCCAUGCUGCGGCUGGGCCGGCCGGCGACUUUGGGGCCGGCCGUGCAGGCGGUGUGCCUGCCCUCGCGGCACGAGCAGAGCCCCCUGCUGGGACGCAGCUGCCAGGCGCUGGGCUUGCGGCGCAGCGAUGGCUCUGUGUCGGCCCCCGCCGCUGAGGGCAACGUGCGCCUGGUGAACGAGUCACUGUGCACGCAGGCGUGGGGCAACUUCAGCCGCGGCAUGAAGAUAUGUGCAGCCAAGCGUCAGGGAUGGGCCAGUAGCUGUCAGCUGGGCCAGGGCGGUGGCGUCUUCUGCCUGGGCACGGACAGGAGGUGGUACCUGACGGGCAUCGACAGCCGCCGUGCCGACUGCGCAAACGCAACCCAGCCGGCCGCCUACGGGCGCGUGUGGAAAUCCCUCGCCUGGAUCGAGGGGAACCUCCCUUACUGACGACGGAGACGCGCCUCUGGCUCUGCUCCCAGCCAGAUAACCAGAUAACCGGAUAGACAGAUAACCAGAUAGCCGGAUAACCAGAUAGCCAGAUAACCAGAUAGCCAGAUAGCCAGAUGGCCAGAUAGCCAGAUAGCCAGCCCACCAGCUAACUAUCCAAUCAGAUAGUCAGUCAGCUAGCCAGCCAGUCAGCUACAAUAUCACUCACCAACUCACUCACCAACUCACCAGUACACUCACCAACUCACUCACCAACUCGCUCACCAACUCACUCACCAACUCACCAGUACACUCACCAACUCGCUCACCAACUCGCCAACUCACUCACCAACUCACCGGUAGACUCACCAACUCACAACUCACCAACUCACCAGUACACUCACCAACUCACAACUCACUCACCAACUCGCUCACCAACUCACUCACCAACUCACCAGUACACUCACCAACUCGCCAACUCACUCCCCAACUCACCGGUACACUCACCAACUCACAACUCACCAACUCACUCACCAACUCACCAGUACACUCACCAACUCACAACUCACUCACCAACUCGCUGGCUAGCCAGAUAGCCGGCUAGCAAGCCAUCCAGCCAGCUCAAUAUAUAGCCAGCCCACCUGCUAACUAUCUAGCCAGAUAGGCAAGUUGCCGCUAGCCAGCGAGAUAGACAGCCAGCUACGACCAAGCCUACAGCUACCGCGAUCGCUGUCGCUCUUGGGAGGGGAGAAUGAAAGACGGGAUGACCACGAAUGAAACGUUUAUUUUUUCUUUCAGUUACCAUUUUACUAUAAAAUAUAUAACUAGCUGUACUAACGCGGCUUUCGCCCGGGACUUGGAUUCACCACACCCGGCCGCCUUUGUCCCCCCCUAGUGGCGAUGUUCACACAUCACAGCAGUUGCUCGUUUGAGGCUGAGUCGACCUAGGGGAGGCCCGGUUAAAAUAAUCGUCAGCGGUGGUGGCCGUGAGCGGGAAUCGAUCUCGGGUCGCCGGGUUCGUAGCGCGGCGUAGCGCUACCCGCUACACUACAAUGCACCAGUCACGUGACAGAUGUGACGUCACAGCUCACUUGCCGUGCAAAAAAUCUCUGCAUUAUUGAGCUCCACCCCCCCCCCCCCCCCCCCAAAAAAACACAAUAGUGUAUUUUUAUAAUGUUUGCAUGGUGUAGAGUCUGGAAAAUACCCACAUGGCAAAUUUCAAGUUUGUUGCAUGUCGGGAAGUACGCAAAACAUUUUGAACAGACACACAUAAUCACAACUUUGCCUUUUAUAUAUAUGGAGAUGUGUAUUUUUUUAUAUAUAGAGUGUCUAUAUAUAAUAUAUUAUAAAUCUUCUUCUUUGCCUUGAAGGGAAACGUUUUGUGGAUCGACUUUAAUCUCCAAUUUCCGUUCAAUUCUUCGUGCUUCCAUCUUGGCUUUUGUGGCACUGACGUCACUCACGAGCGAUGACGCUCACUGACGUCACUCACGAGCGAUGACGCUAACUGACGUCACGGAUGGCGGUGACACAGUGUUGGUGAUUUGUGUGGGGUGGUUUUUUCGCGGUGUAAAUUUUGUGUCCAAUUUGUUGUUGUUGUUAUUUUUAUUUUGGCGACACGACAAUAAAUGGUCACGGAUUUUGGUGACGGACACACAAA